AUGGCUGCCGAAGACACCAAAGGAAAGAAGCGCAAGAGCGCGCAAGAUGCUGCGCCCAAGGCGAAGAAGCCCAGAAAGUCGGACGAUGUCGCUGCCACGACCAAGCCCGCAAAGGCUGCCAAAGCCGCGCCCGUAGCAACUGUCACAAAGACGGUGACCAAGACCACCCGAGGCAAAGCUGCGCGCAAGGAAGCUGCCGACUUCAUGUCUGAGGACGAAGCCGCCGCUGAGCCCUGUCGAGGAGACGGGCCGCCCGCAGACACCAAUGGCGACGCCCCCGAGCCUGCUGCGCCUGCGCCAGAAGUCUCAAAGCCAAAGAAGCAGAGCAAAAAAGCCAAGGCGGUCGAGGCUGAAGAAGCGCCCGUUGUUGACGCGCCCAAGGAGAAGACCAAGCCCGCAAAGAAGGGAAAGAAGGAGAAGGCCGAGCCUGCGCCAGUUGUCGAAGAAGUGGCCACCAAAGAAGUCGUCGUUGAAGCGCCCGCCAAGAAGACGAAGAAGGCCAAGGGCGGGAAGAAGGUCGAGGAGGAGCCCGUUGAGGAGGUCGUUGAGGAAGUGGUAGAGGGCGACAUUCCUGAGGACGACCAGACUGCCGCUCUUCUCGCUGGUUUUGAGAGUUCCGACGACAGCGACGACCCGGAGAACGACCUGAACUUCGACGAUGAUGCCCCAGUCCCUAAGCUUAACAAGAAACAACGGACCGCACUCGAGAAGGCUACCCAAGGUGCCCGAUCAAAUGAGCCUGGUGUUGUCUAUGUCGGUCGUGUGCCCCGCGGUUUCUUCGAGCCUCAGAUGAAGAAGUAUUUCUCUCAGUUCGGCCGGGUCACGCGCCUCCGACUCUCGCGCAACAAGAAGACCGGUGCCUCCAAGCACUACGACCUUCGUCGAGUUCCAGUCCACCGAAGUCGCCGACAUCGUUGCGACGAACUAUGGACUCGUACCUGCUCUUCGGCCAUAUCCUCAAGUGCAGAGCUUAUUCCCGCCGACCAGGUCAACGAGAACCUUUUCAAGGGUGCUGGUGAGCGAUUCAAGGUCGACCCUCGCAAUAAGAAGGCCGGUCUCCAGAUGGAACGCGGCGUUGAGCGAGCACAGUGGGAGAAGCGUGUUGAGCACGAGAACAAGAGGCGCACAGGCAGGAGCAAGGCCCUGAAAGAGGAGUUUGGCUACGAGUUCAACGCACCCGCACUGAAAGGAGUCGACGCAGUGCCCAAGCACCUGACGAAUGGAGAUGCUCCACAGCUCACCGAGGCGCCAGUCGAGGAGACCCCAGUGAAGGGCAAGAAGGGCAAGAAGGCCGCAAAGGUCGACGUUGAACAGCAACCCAUAGCCAUCGAGGCAGAUCUCCAAGCCGAGAUUGCUGCUAACGUCGGCGCACCUACUCCAGAGAAGAAGGCGACUAAGGGCAGGAAACGCAAGUCCGACGUUGCUGCCGAGACUGUCGCUGGAGCGGAAGAGCCUGUGGUCGCAGAAGUCACCGUCAAGAGCAAGAAGGCCAAGAAGGAAACCAACCCCGCUGUUGUCGCUGACGAGACACCCGAGAAGAAGCGCAAGGCGAAGGUCGAGCAAGACGUCGCUAAACCAAAGAAGGCUAAGAAGGCCAAGGCCUAA